AACAAUGUCGAAUCUGCAACUCUCCGGUUGCAGAACGGCGUCGUUCGUUUCUUCGUUCUAUGAAAGGAGCCUCCUGUUCUCGAUCAAUGGAGUUCCGGGGCAGCUCAGCGUUGGACGAAACUCUGCCAAGGUCGUUCAAUACAGUAAGAACAAACUCGUUAGGGUUUACGCAAUGGCAAGCAAUAAUAACAACUCUAAUUUCAAGAUGAAUUUGAACGAGUACAUGGUGACUUUGGAGAAACCUCUCGGUAUUCGCUUCGCGGUUUCUGUUGAUGGCAAGAUCAUCGUUCAUGCUAUCAAGAAAGGGAGUAAUGCGGAGAGAUCGAGAAUCAUAAUGGUCGGUGAUUCGUUGAAGAAGGCCAGUGAUUCAUCAGGUGGAAGGUUUAUUGAGAUAAACGAAUUAGACGAUACAGAGAAUUUGCUGACGGAGAAGACAGGAUCUUUUAGCCUAGUCCUAGAGAGACCUUUCUCUCCUUUUCCAAUUCAUCAACUGCAAACUGACUUUGAUAUCUUAUUCAAUAAAGGUCGGAUGCCUGUUGCCACUUGGAAUAAAACUAUUUUGGCCUCAAAUUUGAAAACAACUUCUGAAUGCAGUGGGAACACUGGGUUUGUUGUGUUUUCUUCUAAGUUUCUCACAUCUAAGGGGUGGAAGCUUUUGGAUAAUCAAAAUGGACAUGUUCAAUCUCAGAAGAAUUUUCUUUCUCCACUCAUAAACCAACUUGUUUGUAUUUUUUCUGAAGAAGAGUCUGGAGAUGGAGAAUGGGCUCAUGGGAGCUUCCCACUGGAGGAGUAUAUUAAAGCGCUGGAUCGUUCUAAAGGCGAGCUAUAUUAUAAUCACUCUCUUGGUAUGCGCUACAGUAAGAUUACAGAGCAAAUAUAUGUGGGGUCAUGCAUACAAAUAGAAGCUGAUGUAAAAACUUUGUCUGAUGCGGGGAUCACUGCUGUACUUAAUUUCCAGAGUGGAACCGAAGCAGAAAAUUGGGGGAUUGAUUGUAAAUCUAUCAAUGAGUCAUGUCAAAAAUCCGGUAUCUUAACGAUCAACUACCCCAUAAGGGACUCAGACUCCUUUGAUACAAGGAAGAAACUACCAUUUUGUGUGGGGCUCCUAUUACGCUUGUUAAAAAAGAACCACCAUGUUUUUGUUACUUGUACAACUGGUUUUGAUCGCUCUCCGGCUUGUGUGAUUGCAUAUCUACACUGGAUAACUGAUACUUCCCUUCAUGCUGCUUAUAAUUUUGUCACUGGAUUGCAUGAAUGCAGACCUGACAGACCGGCAAUUGCUUGGGCAACAUGGGAUCUUAUAGCUAUGGUGGAAAGUGGUGCACAUGAUGGACCAGCCACACAUGCUGUGACCUUUGUGUGGAAUGGACAGGAGGGAGAGGAUGUACAGUUGAUUGGAGAUUUUACAGGAAACUGGAAAGAACCAAUCAAAGCGAUCCACAAGGGCGGAUCAAGAUUUGAAGCUGAGGUUAGACUUACUCAGGGAAAGUACUACUAUAAGUUCAUUAUUAAUGGGCAAUGGCGGCAUUCAACAGCUUCACCGAUAGAAAGAGAUGAACGUGGCAAUGUCAACAAUGUAAUCAUGGUUGGUGAUAUUGCCAGCGUGAAGCCUUAUAUGCGAGAACAAAAGAAGGAUGCUAAUGUCGUAAAGGUGAUUGAGAGGCCUUUGACAGAAAGUGAGCGCUUUAUGCUGGCAAAGGCAGCUCGGUGUAUCGCAUUCUCUGUCUGUCCAAUCAGACUAUGUCCUAAGUAGUUGGGUAGUGAUGCUAUCCUCAAGCUAAUAAGUCUCAUGCCAUCUCGGGUGAAAAUUUUCAACAUCCUUUUGUCCAGGCUAAAAUCAUUAAACCAUAAUUCUAAAUCUUCAAGGUAUUCUCGUUGAGACUUAAAAUCAUCUUUGCCAAUUCCUUCUCCAGAAUAAGAUUUAUAGUAAAGGAAAGAUGCAUCUGAAUAUCAGCAUUGCAGUAUAAUUCUUUGCUUUUAGUAAACUUUAUUUCACUUGUCUGUAUAGAACUAGAAGGUGAACUGCUACACAUUCCCGAUUAUGACAUAAGUUUGCCAAUCGGUGUAUAUACAGUAUGUUGCUGGGUUUUGUUCCCAGUAGAAUUUUGUGCUUGAGUAAAUAAUUCUUUAUCAUA